AUGCUGCAUGUCGUCGACGAUGUCUCGACCGAACGAGCAGUCCUGGUCAAGGUGGACCUGUUGCGGGCUCUUUAUUGUCCUUUCAGGGUUGACAAGUGCGAUUUCGUCAACGCGGUGGAGAUCGCCACUUCUCAUAUGAAGCGGUACGUUCCAGCAGGUCUGCCAUCGCGUCCUUGGAAUUCUGUCUGUGUGCUUUGCAGUGCGGCCCUGCACAUGAGUGAGUGGUUUUGGUCGGAGGCGGCUAUCGAGUACGGCGAGCUGCUUCCAAAAUGGAGGAUGUGGGGAGUGCGAGUCGUUGUUGUGGUAGCGAGUGAGUGAGGAGUGAGUGAGGCCUGCCAACAAGAAAGUAAGUUGAGCCAGGAAACGGUCGGGGAGGCAGCACAAUGUGAGGUCACUUUCUGUGUAUGUGCCAUAUCUCCCUCUCCCUCUCCGUCUAUGUGUCUGUCUGUGUUUGUGUGCGUGUCUGUCUGUCUGUGUGCGUGUCUGUGUGUGUAGGGCGGGGUGGUACUUCAACUGCAUUGCAAAAGGGGCCACGCGUAGGGUCAUGUUCGCCCCCACGUUCCGAGCUUCUGGGCCUUGUGCUCCCUACAUCCAGUGCGAGAAAGUAAGGACACACAAGGACACGUUCCUGAUCUACUGACGGCGGCCUCCCCGUCUCACGUAUGUAUACAUGGUCUUUGAUUCCGUCAGGAACUCUGGGAUGGUUUGAUCGACAUCAUCGAGAAGAGAAACGAGUACUUCAAGGACAAAGGCCUGGUGACGAAGCCGAACUCAUACAACGGCGGGGUCGUCAGCCUCGAUUUGACGGUGAGUGAAGACAUGACGGCAAGUGAAACACAAGACCAGCCAGGUCUGAUUGCCGUGUGACAGGUACACGCUGUUUAUGGCAAGAGGAGCAAAAGCUGUUGUUCGGUGUGGAUGACAAGGUGGAGAUGAAAAUGCACAUACGUAGUCGUCACCCCACCCUGCCAUCUUAUUGCCGUUCCUACAGGUCUAUCACGAGGGUGUCAAGGAAAUGAUAAAAACCAUAUUCGAUAUUCCUGACGACCACAGAAUCAUCCUCGAGGACGCCUCUGAGGAGGACUCUAGAGGCAUUGUGUCUUUCUUCGAGAACGGCAGAAAGUACACACUGCGGUCCAAGCCUCCUCCUGAAAGGCCAGGUACUCAGACUUUGAGUCUUUCAUGGACCACACAAACUGGUGAGUCAGAAGUCGUGACACUGUGCGUAUCCCGACACUUACAGACCUCAAGGGGUACUCUCAAAGCCUUCUCCGAAACAACAGAUACACCGACAAUCAGCACGCCGUAAGGGACCAGAGCAAGACAGGUUCCUCAUUACUGUGCACAAGAUCCAUUACCCCCUUUUGCUGGUGCUGUUUGGUGCUUGCUCUCAUGGCUCUUGUGCCAGCCUUGGUUUGCCUGCUUCCCCCCGUCCACCAGACUGCGGCGGGCGCUGCCCUCUGUGGGGGGCUUUUCGGCAAGUGCAACUGGGGAGGCUGGUGUUCCCCUACUUGGAUCUCAGAGGGAGAGAAUGAGCUGA